AUGGGUGACUCAAUGCCGGAUAAGGAACGACGGGCGUCAUCCGUGGCCGUGGCCGAGGGGCUGGCCAGCAGCGAAGAUGCCGCGGUCCUGGCGAGCCUUGGAUACAAGCAGGAGCUGCGGCGUAACUUCACGCUCAUCGAGGUGUUUGGCAUUGCCUUCUCCAUCAUGGGCCUGCUGCCGUCCAUCGCCAGCACGCUGGCCUACAGCAUCCCCGCCGGGCCAGCAGGCCUCGUGUGGGGGUGGUUUCUGGCUUCCAUGUUCAUCUUCGUAGUCGGGCUGGCCAUGGCUGAUCUAGGCAGCGCAAUGCCGACGUCAGGUGGUUUGUACUGGUGGACGCACUACUUCGCGUCGCCCAAGACGCGUAACGCGCUCAGCUUCCUGGUCGGGUACAGCAACACGCUCGGGCUCGUCGGAGGACUGUGUUCGAUCGACUACGGCUUCUCGCUGAUGCUGCUGUCGGUCGUGGUCAUCGCGCGAGACGGCAACUGGGAGCCGUCCAAUGGCGUCAUCUAUGCCGUUUUCCUGGGCUGCGUGCUGUGCCACGGCGUGCUGGCCUCGACGCUGUCCAAGAUCAUGGGCAAGCUGCAGACCGUCUUCGUUGCCGCCAACUUUGUGCUCAUCCUCGCCACCAUCAUCGCCCUGCCCAUCGGCCGUGCCGGCCAGCGCAACGACGCGAGCUACAUCUUCACCGAGACGUCGAACCUGACGACAUGGCCGACGGGGUGGGCCUUCAUGUUGUCCUGGCUCUCGCCUAUCUGGACUAUCGGCGCCUUCGACUCGUGCGUUCACAUGAGCGAGGAGGCGGCCAAUGCAACCAAAGCCGUGCCGUACGGCAUCCUCAUGUCCAUCGGCAGCUGCUGGCUCUUCGGGUGGAUCAUCUGCAUCGUGCUCGCCGCGUGCAUGAGCCAAGAUCUCGAUAGCCUCGUUAGCUCGCCCUUCGGCCAGCCCAUGGCGCAAAUCUACUACGACGCGCUGGGAAAGAAGGGGGCGCUCGGGUUCAUGACGCUCAUGUUCGUUGUGCAGUUCCUCAUGGGCCUGUCCAUCACUGUCGCCGCGUCGCGCCAGUCGUGGGCCUUCUCGCGUGACGGGGCGCUGCCCUUCUCGAGCUUUUUCCGCCCCAUCAGCAAGACCUUCGGCUACAUUCCGCUGCGCGCCGUCUGGGGCUCGGCGGCGUCGGCCGUCUUCUCGCUCGCUGUCGCGGCCAACAACCUCGCGUGGGGCACGCCCAUCUUCUGCCGCCUCGUAUGGGGCCAGAAGAAGUUCAAGCCUGGCCCCUUUUACACGGGGAAGCUGAGCGCGCCGCUGGGGUGGCUGGCCAUCGUGUUUUUGAUCUUUGGCAUCUUCUUGUCCAUGUUCCCGACGGGCGGGCCCCACCCGACGGCGGAUGAGAUGAACUAUACCGUCGUGGUGAACAGCAUUGUCUGGCUGGGCAGUUUGGCGUAUUAUUUUGUGGAUGCGCGGAAGUGGUUCACGGGGCCGAAGAUGACGCUGGAUGCUGACGCGCUCUCGGAGACGCAGCAGGAGGCACUGAGAGAGGAAGGACUAGAGAUUGAAGGAAUCGAGCCGGGGAACAGCAGCGGAGCGGAGAAUGGCAGGGAUGAGGAGAAUGUGGCUCCCAAGAAAUAG